CGACAAAAUCACCAUGGCUGCUACAGAAGAAGGUCUAAUCGUUGUGAGAGAGGGGGCAAAUGGAGAUCCUGAAUUGGGUCUUACAAACAAUCUACCCCCUCCCCCUGAUUAUGGGACCAGUGUGAAUAUUUCAUCUCCAAACGAGAAUGAAGCACCACCUCCAAGGUACGAAGAUGUUGCCAAAGAGGCCCCUCCUUCUUAUCAAGACAUAUUUGGGCAGAUGCAAGAUGCCAAGAAGUCUUCUUCCACACCCAUGGAAUUUAUUGCCAGAAUCAUCAGCAUCUUGUUAAACACACUCUUGGUCACCAUUGUCAUUGCAAUAAUGCUGGCCAUUCCCAUUGCCAUGAUUGUACUUGGUGCUGUUUAUAUGAAGGAAUGCCCCGUUGAACCUAAAAUCCCUGUGUACCUGGUAGUGACCGGCUCCUUCUAUAUCCUGAAAUCCUUUAUUGAUCUCAUCACGAGGUGUCAGAAGAGAAAUCAAAACGAAGGAGAGGCGUCUGAUGAAACCAUAAACAAGAAAAACAAUUUUAGCCGUCUCAUAGGAUGUUUUCUCUUUGCAUUUUUUAUCGCAGGAAACGUGUGGGUUUACAGUAACUACCCUCCAAGUGCUAAUCCAGAUGACCCCAAGUACUGUUUCGGACCCCUGUACUAUUUUGCAUUUUGGAUAAUUACAAGUUGUUAUAUUCUGGUGGCAUGUGGAUGCUUGUGUGUUUGCUGCGCUGCUGGAGUUACCUCCGCUGUAAGCGAAUAGAUUGUAAGUAAGGCAAUAUCUGAAUUGGCGUCUACGGCAAAGGUUAGACAGCAUCAUCAUGCAUCGAAGUUUAGGAUGUCUUUAGCUGCACCCUUUUGCAACAGUGAGAGUCAUGACUGUAGUCGCCAAUUUGGAUACGGCCUAAGAUUUGGGCGAAGGGUACAGGAGCUUUAGUAGAAAAAGUUUUUGGUGUAAUAACAUGAUUAUUCUAUGUGAACAAUUUUAUUGUGGAGGAUUGAUAUGGCUCUUGAGUGUAGUGUAGAGGUAUAGAUGCACAUCCUUGGGUAGUAUAUACAAUGUAUCUCAGUAUCUCCUGGGUUCUUACUGUAUAAAUCUCAAAAACAGGGGCGUAGCGAGUUGGGGGGGGUAAUUCCUAAAAAAAGUACUUCUCAGUGAGCAUUGUUGAGCUUCGCUCGCAAUUGAAGCACUAAUUUUAGUAAAACAAGGGCAUCCAGACUGAAAGUCACUUGCCAAGUUGAGUCGGUUGUAUAUAGUGGGUCCCUUGCUGAGCCGAAUAGCCUUUCUUGAAGUAGAUGGAGAAUGUUGGCACAUUUUACCCCCUCCCCCACCCCUGUUGGCAUACAGGCUUCCUUAAUCCCUUCCAAAAAAAAGUCCCCUUGCUAUACGCACCUACUCACGAGGAACACACGAGUGAUGAGUUUUUUGUUCAUAUACUGGCGUUUUGUUAGAUAUUUCCUGCUAAACCGCUCUUGUAAUAAAAUCGCUCCAAGAUCCUUUAUUGGUUGAGCUGCUAAGCGCAUCAAUUUUAUUUUAGUCUUCGUAGUCCUUGGAGUUUGAAUGCUGCGAGACUUGCACAGUCUAUUAGGCUGAGAAUAGAUUAAUUCAAGUCUUUGAAUUUGAUGGCUUUUUGAUUUGAGUUUGAUCUUCACACUGUACUCAGAGCAUGUAUUUUUCGUAUUUGAUAAAGGUCAAUUUGAAAAAGGACCAAUUUGGGGAUGCUAACCAUCUCUUUCUUUUAUAUGGCCUUGAUGAAUCUGCCAAGUGCAGUUUGUUUCAUUUUCCCCCAAAAAUUACUCAUAUAGAUAAAGAUAUCUUAGAUAUCUUAAACAAAUUAGUGUGAUAUAUAUAUGGUGUUUUCAAAUUAUAGAUUUUAUUUUUGUUUCUUUUUCCAAAGAUAUAUUUAAUUCUUUCAAUAAUGCCUUACGGCAACAUUAUGAUCAGAAGGUGCAACAAUUAUUUGUGACUGAUUUUGUACUGCAUAUUAGAAAGUUUACAUAACACUUUGCUCAUGAUGAGCAAAAACUGUUUGACUCUUGACUGUUUAUGAAACGUUGUAUGAUGACAACGUCGAUGAUUAUGUUCUAUAUGGGUAAUGAUAGAUUUGUUUAUUCAAGUGGUGUUAUAUUUUGAUUAUACACCACACACAAAUCCUUGUUAUUUGAUUGGUGGAACAUGACUCAUUUCUUCCAUUAAUUUGCUAUGCAUCUACUGCUGCAAGGCUCCAAACUUUAAUUGUCCCCAAAUAGUUGUUCCCCACCCUUUUGAUUUAAAUGAGGCAAGGUCGUUUGCCAUAGGAAUAAGGUUGGUGUCUUUAUGGAGUCAAUAUUCAUCCUUGCUGUAUAAAACAAAAAGAUUCUCUCUCAAAAGAAAAUAAUUUUUAGGGUUUGCUAAACACAGUUUGGGAUUUCCAUGUCCAUUUUGUGUGUGUUGUGAACUUUUUUCAAAUGACUAGAGUAGAGUCUAUGUGUGUGUUAUAUAAAACAAAUAUUUAAUGCAUUUCAUUUGUACAUUGUCGUAGAAUACAAUCACUCGGUGAAAUCAGGCUCUUCCGUUUCAUUUGGCUUCGCCUCAUCCAGAUUUUACCUCUUGAUUAUGUUCUAUAGCAAUGCACUCAUCUGUACCCAGUGUUUGUGUAAUUUUGGGCAACAAAUUCAGUUUAAUUUGUAAUAUGUAUUUUGAGUGAUUUAUACAUUCUGCGUAUUAACAAAAAAAGCUGGAGCUACUUGGGAUGGAUUCAAAUUCAAACUAUCCUCAUUUUGUAGUUGAUAUUUUGGCCACUGAGUUUGCCUUGCAACAAGUUUGACACUCUUUUAAAAAUACAACUAUUAACAACUUUUCCCUUUUUUCGAAAGUAUUAAUCACUGUGACUUAAUAUCCCCAACAUAUCGUGAUGUUAAAUAUUUAAAAGAAAUUAAUUCUGCUUAGCUGCUCUAAAAAAAAAAAGGGAGCUAAUUUUUGGUCACAGUCGUCAUUACACUGGUUGCAACAUUGGAGAAUAGAUAGCUAUCCUUUGAAAAACAUUGUGACAUGAAUCACUCUUAAGAGUCACCUCAUUUUCAACCCCACCAUGCAAAAGCAGCGGAUAAUCUCAGCGUCUCAACUUUUUUUGAGAAUAAAAAUGUUUAUUAAUAUGGCCGACCCCGUCGCACUUUUUAUGAUAUUACCAGUUUCAUACUUGUAAUUUUUGUAUUGCUUAUGCAUGCAUAAAAAUAUUCAAGUUCAACGAUUUGAUACCCAUUUGGAUAUUUUUGUAAGUAGUUGGUGUUUGUAUAUAUUUAAUCUCUGUAUGUUUAAAUGCAGUUGUUACUACCCGGAGAAAAAAAUAUAUAAUAAGGUCGUUAAAGACACUGGACACUAUUUGUAACUGUCAAACGCGAGUCUGCUCACUUG